UAAUCCCAGCUGAGUAGAACUGAUCCUUCUGACCAAGUUUCUUUCAUUUUUAUCCAUCCCAGGAGCGACGUGACGAACAUCAUAGCUCUCCGCUCUCGGCAGGACCGUCUUCCUGCCGCAGCAGGAAGAAGACCAUCUACAAAAGUGUCCUUCUCUCCUUUGCGCUAGUAGUAACGAUGAUGCUGUUGCAAAAGGGCAACAUUCCCAACCAGUUCUUUCAGAGCCAGCCUCAGAAAUCUGUUUCCUCCCAAGAGGAAACCAUCAAAACUCAGAAGAGGGGUGAGGUGAUGUCCCUCACCAACAAUUUCUGGAAAAAGGCGGUGGACGUCCCUCCGCCCGCCGUCAAAGCCACCGAGAAGGUGGUGACAUCCUGGGACGUCGCGGCCACCAACUGCACGGCCAACCUCAACUUCACCAGGGAGGAUUGGUUCAAAAGCCUGGAGCCCCAUUUCCAGCAGUUUCUCUUCUACCGUCACUGUCGCUACUUCCCCAUCCUCAUCAACCACCCGGAGAAGUGCAGCAGCGAGAUUGACCUGCUCGUGGUGGUGAAGUCUGUCAUAACGCAGCACGAUCGCCGGGAAGCUAUCCGUCGGACGUGGGGUCAAGAGCGAGUGCUGGAUGGGAAAAAAAUCAAGACCCUCUUCCUCCUGGGCGUGGCCUCCAAAGAAGAAGAGCGUCCCAACUACCAGAAGCUUUUGGAGUACGAGGAUCGGAUCUACGGCGACAUCCUGCAGUGGGACUUCCUGGAUACCUUUUUCAACCUCACCUUGAAGGAAGUUCAUUUCCUCAAGUGGUUCAACAUCUACUGCCACCACGUCCGGUACAUCUUCAAGGGGGACGACGAUGUCUUCGUGAGUCCCGAGAACAUCUUGGAGUUCCUCAAGGAUCAGAAAGGAGGGGACCUCUUUGUGGGCGAUGUCCUAGUCAAGGCGAAGCCCAUUCGCAAGAAGGAGAACAAGUACUACAUCCCUGACUCUUUGUACAGCAAGACAUACUACCCGCCCUACGCGGGCGGAGGGGGCUUCGUGAUGGACGGCCCCUUGGCCAAGCGUCUCCACAAAGCCUCCGAAAACCGGGAGCUGUACCCCAUCGACGACGUCUACCUGGGGAUGUGUCUCGAGGACCUCAAGGUGGCCCCCGUGGCUCACACUGGCUUCAAAACCUUCGGCCUGGUGAAGAACAAGAACAGCAAAAUGAACCGGGAACCGUGUUUCUACAAAAGCAUGUUGGUGGUCCAUAAACUUCAGCCGCCUGACCUGCUCAACAUGUGGGAUUUGGUUCAUAAACAUUUGUCCUGCUCCCAGAAAGCCAACAUCCUUUAGCGCCUCCAAUUUUGGUCAAGGAAGAAGAUCGUCAGAGACCCCAAAGAUCCUGGGGGGGGGGGAAUUAUCCGAUUUUUUUCUCCCUUCUUCUAAUGAAGUUGAAAGCAGGGCGACAUUGACCAAUGGGAGAGGAGGAGGGAAGGGGUUUGUUGAAACAAUUGGAAAAUAGCAGUCUUUUUUUUCGCGGGGGUGCCAUAUAUUAUUUGUUCCCCUGUGGGGCUUUUGAAGGAUACGAAAAAAAAAAAAACUUGAAUUGAUGGGGAAUCGGCCAGAUGAAGGAUGUUUUACCCCACGUUGGACAGUGGAGUAGCUUACACCUUCCUUUAAUGGCGCUCUUUUUUUGUGAUGUGCUUGACAGCUGGAGGCUGGUCCUAAAGCUAAGACAUUUACUUCUAGCUUUGUGAGGGUGUGUGUGUGUUUGUGCGUAUGUGUGAGGGUGUGAAGAUAAUGGGUGCAUUUUCAAAGCUGAAUUUAAAAAAAAAAAAUCUGUUUAGGAGAAGAAAAAAAAAGAGAUCAAUAAGAUCCCGACGUGUGUUAUGGAGUCAUCCCCGGAUAGUGUGUUGUGUAGAUUUGCUUCUUUGAGUAGAGAAGAUUUUUUUGGGGGGGGGGGAGUAUCCACCCUACCAGCUUAUACCCCCCACUCCACUUAGCAGAGCAACUGUCACUCAAAUCUCUGCAAACUUAAAACUACCUAAUUGCAAUCUAUGCAAUUAGUGGUCCUCAACUUUCCCGGCUUUGUGGAUCAGUGGCAGCGGGAGGGGGUGAGAGAGGUGGUUCCACGUGUGCAGCUCCAUUUGCGCAAGCGGCAAGUGUGCGUACACAUGUCACUCGCACAAACUGGGCGGUGCGAGCACAACCGUCCGCCGCUCAUACAAAGGGAGCUGUGCGAGCACAAGAACGCUUGUCCGCUGCUUGCACAGCACAGGUCUAUACAGGUCACAGCCCAGUACCUGGCUGUGGCCCAGGGAUUGGGACCCCUAGUCCAGGGGUAGGCAACCUUGGCCCUUUUAUGACUUGUGGACUUCAACUCCCAGAAUUCCUCAGCCAGCGUGCCUGGCUGAGGAAUUCUGGGAGUUGGAAGUCCACAAGCAGGGGUCUUCAA